AUGCUCCUGAUCCUGGGGCUCUGCUUGGGGCUUCCCCUUUGUGGAGGGCAGCAGGACCCCCUGGCGCUGGCCGAAGAGCUGGAAGAAGCGCUAAGGUGGGAUGAUCAACAGAUUGGACUCCGAGUCCCAAGACAGGUCAGACUACAACAGAGGCUGAAAACCAAGCCCUUGAUGACCCACUUUUCGGUGAAAUCUACCAUUAUCUCUCGAUAUGCCUUCACCAUGGUUUCCUGCAGCUUGCUGAAUCGAGCAUCAGAGGACAAGGAAGUUGAAUUUCAGAUGCAGAUUCCAGCUGCUGCCUUCAUUACCAACUUCACCAUGGUUGUUGGAGACAAGGUUUAUCAAGGGGAAGUUGCAGAAAAAGAAAAGAUCCAUGGUGAUAGGGCAAAAAAGCAAAACAAUAAAACCUUGGAAGAGAAUGGGGAGAAAGAGACUGAGACUUUCAGCGCCUCUGUCAUCAUUCCUGCCAAGAACAAAGCUGCCUUCUUCCUACAUUAUGAAGAGCUUUUGCAGAGAAGGCUGGGAAAAUAUGAGCAUGUGAUCAGUGUCCGGCCUCAGCAACUUUCGGGGAGACUGCAUGUGGAAGUGAAUAUUCUGGAAAAGUCGGGCAUUGUAUCCCUUGAAGUGCCACAGCUCCAAAAUAGCAGGCAGAAGGGCAGUGGGAAAGUGGAGGAUGAUGUUGGCCCGCCUCCUUCCACAGAAAUAAACAAAAAUGAAACCUUUGCCAAGAUAAUUUUUAAUCCUAGUAUCAUUCAACAAGCCAAGAUCGCUCAGAAUGGAAUUUUAGGGGAUUUCAUCAUUAGAUAUGAUGUGAACAGGGAGCAGAGAGCUGGGGACAUUCAGGUUCUGAAUGACUACUUUGUGCAUUACUUCGCCCCCAAAGACCUCCCUCCUUUACCCAAGAAUGUGGUGUUUGUCCUUGAUAGCAGUGCAUCCAUGGUGGGAACCAAACUUAGACAGACCAAAGAUGCUCUCUUCACUAUCCUGCAUGAUCUAAGACCACAGGAUCAUUUCAAUAUUGUCGGGUUUUCUAAUCGGAUCAAAGUAUGGCAGGAUCGUCUGGUAUCAGUGACUCUCAACAACAUCAGGGAUAGCAAGGUCUACAUUCACCACAUGACACCUACUGGAGGCACAGACAUCGAUGGAGCUCUGCAGAAAGGCAUUGAACUGCUUAAUGGCCACAUAGCCGACAAUGACAUCGAUGCCAGGAGUGUGUCUCUCAUUGUCUUCCUAACGGAUGGGAAGGCCACAGUGGGAGAAACCCAGUCAAGUAAAAUCCUCAGCAACACGAAAAAAGCUGCCCAGGGCCGGGUCUGCAUCUUCACCAUUGGCAUUGGAAAUGAUGUCGACUUCAAACUGUUGGAGAAGCUGUCCCUGGAGAACUGUGGCAUGACCCGGCGCGUGCAGGAGGAGGACAAUGCCAAGGAGCAGCUGAUCGGAAUUAAUAUUGUGUAUCGGUAUAAGACAGAGAGUGGACCUGAUUUCAAGAAACAGUACAGCCCAAGAAUUAAAAUCUCCAGAACAUCAGCUGAUGGAGAUCCUCAUUUUGUUGUGGACUUCCCCUUGAGCAAGCUCACUGUCUGUUUUAACAUCGAUGGGAACCCUGGGGACAUCCUCAGGCUCGUCUCUGAUCACAUGGACUCUGGUGUCACUGUGAAUGGAGAACUGAUAGGGGCUCCAGCUCCUCCAAAUGGCCACAAGAAGUAUCGGACUUACUUCCGAACCAUCACUAUUCUCAUCAAUAAGCCAGAGAGAUCUUACUUGGAAAUCACACCAAACAGGAUUGUCUUGGAUGGUGGGGACAGGUUGGUCCUUCCUUGCAACCAGAGUGUAGUCGUGGGGAGCCGGGGGCUGGAGUUGUCUGUUUCUGCCAAUGCUAAUAUCACAGUGACCAUCCAGGGCACAAUUACUUUUGUCAUCCUUAUUCAUCUCUACAAAAAUCCAGCUCCUUACCAGCGAAAUCAUCUUGGCUUCUACAUCUCCAAUAGCAAAGGACUCUCAGCCAACUGUCAUGGACUUUUAGGUCAGUUCCUGAACCAGGACCCUAAACUAACGAAAGAGCCAGUUGGCUUGGGCUCCAACAGGAACCACACUGAACCUUCAGUCUCCCAGGCAGACUUAAGCUCUGAGACCAUCCUAAAAGUAAAAGGGCACCGGGUUCCAGUGGUCUGGAAACAGAGGAAGAUCUACAAUGGACAAGAACAGAUAGAUUGCUGGUUUGCCAGAAACUCAGCCAAGCUCAUUGAUGGAGUAUACAAGAAUUACUUAGCCUCCCAUCCUUUUGACACAGAGACCACUUUUGGGGUAGGAGCAUCCCAGUGA